CGACGCAGCGGUGGCGGCUCCGCUUUCAACGUAGGUCUGUGGUGGGGACAAAGGAUGCAAACCGGACCGUUCCGUGCAGCGUGCACAGACUGCUGGGAAGUAAUGCAGGAGAGGUGUUUUCGGCGUUGUGGGCACCAUUGCCAAGUUUUCGGGAGACGGGAUACAUCUCAGUUUUGGGGGCGGCUUGUACGAAUAUUUAAAAAAUAACUGCGGUGGAUCAACACAGGGUUGUUGGAUCAACAUAGAGCCACUGCAAUCACGUUGUGUCAUAAAAUGACCUUAUGUGCAGGAAGCCCUCCUGGUGAUUUGGAAGAAGGUGAAAUUGAAGAUGGAGAAUUGCCUGAUGAAGAAGGAGAUGCAGACACAUCAAAUCCUCCAAAGGCAAAAAUUGAACAGCCUUCAAUUUCACCUAUUUCCUCCCAUCGUCCCAGUCUGAAGACUGACAAGCAAGUAGAAAGAAUUGACAAAAUCAGUGAACCAGUGGGUCGCAUGAGCAGGAGAAAAGCGCUUCAGCUUAAUGCAGACAGGAAUAAUGAACAAGAAGAAGAAUGGGCAUGUGUGGUAGAAAAGAAACUAAAGGCUGCUAUGGGAAAAGAUAUAAAUGAAACGGUUAAUGGCAACCCAAAUGCUAGUACCUCAGAAAAACUAGUUUCUACUGAUGAUGAUAAGAGAAACAGGCGAAAGAAGCGCAAAAAGAAACACAAAGAUGAUGACGAUGAUGAUCGAAAGGAAGCAAAGAAACGAAAGAAAAGUCAUCAUUGGGAGGGCGAUGAUGGACCUGAUGCUGGAACAAAAGAGAAACGUCAUGAAGGUGAAGAUGGAGAAGAAGAUGAUGAUGAAAUGUUAUUUGUCAGAGGAGCAUCUCCAAUUAUGAAAGAAAAUUUUGGAGGAACUGAAGAAAGUCCCAAAACUAAAUAUCCUGAGAAAGGAUUCCCAUUCAAUCAGCAAGGUGGUUUUGAUGAAUCAUAUGACUCUUUCAAUGAAGAAGAGUCAGAUUUUGAUGCAAGAGAGGACUUUGGAAGACAUAAUCCACCAUUAAGUGAUGACGAUGCCCCCAAGAGAGGACUGGGCAGAGGAGCAAAACGAAGACAAAGAACAGUUGGCAGAGUUAUACCUCCUAAUAAGCGACAAACAAGAAAAGAUACCAAAAGUAAAAGGGGUGGAAUAAAAAGACAACAAUCUGCUAGAAAUAAUUCUGAGCGGGAACCUAACGUCUGUAUGUUUUACAUGCAGGGAAAAUGCCAGAAGGGGGACGAUUGCCCUUAUUCUCAUAAUGCUUGCCCUCCUCGAAAGAUGGAACUGUGCAAAUUUUAUUUGAUGGAUUGUUGUGCAAAAAAAGACAAAUGUUUAUACAUGCAUCAUGAUUUUCCUUGCAAAUUUUUCCAUACUGGAUUGAAAUGUUUUUCUGGACCAAGAUGCAAAUUUAGCCAUGGGCAUUUAUCUGAUCAAAUGAGGAGUAUCUUAUUGAAACAUCUGGAGACUGCUCCAAAAGACCUGCUGGGUGAUUUUCCAAGACUGAGUCGGGAGGGUGCAGCAGCCAUGGUGUUCAACAAGAAAAAUCGCAGUGGCAAAGGAAAGAAAAUUCCAUCACUAUUUGAUAUUGAAGUUCCUAUACCUGCACAAUUGUUAGCUGAACAGAAAGAAUCUUCAAAGGACCAGUCCCCAAGAAGAACCCCAAUGCCUGAAUCUGAUAACGAAGACCAAGAUGGUACUACUACACCUAUGCCACAAUCUCCUGUUAAUGAUGGUAAAGCUAAGGGCAAAAGUCAGCGAUGGGGUGAUGAUGCGCAUGGUUCUCAUUCAAGAGAUUCAAAGGAUGAAGAGGGAAGGGAAUUAGGGAGUGAAGAUGAAAAGAAACCAUUGAUGCCCAAAUUUUAUCAAGAAACUGAUGGAGAUGGAAAUAAAAAGAAUUCUGAUAAAGAACGUGGAAAGUUAAAUCUUCAUCGUUUUGCUGGGUAUUCACCAAACCCAGCUGAUGAAAAGAAAGGAUCUUCAGAACCAGGCACUUCUGACAAGAGUCAGAUUGAAGAGAAAGAAAACAGAAGAAAAUCUGAUGAUAAGAAGUCCCAAAAUGAUUCUGGGAAUGCUGACAGUGGUGCAGAAAGUAAUGAUGCUACAAAUAUUCCACUUCAUUUGCCUAAAAAGCAAAGAGAACUAUUUUUGAGAAUUCAACAACAACAAAGAGAAGCUGAUAGUAGUCAGGAUAAGGCUGGUGAUCAUGAUGAAGAGGUUGUUGUUGUCAAAGAAGAAAAUUGGUAUUCAAGUGAUGACGAAGAAGAUAGUUUAACAAAUGUGUUGAAAAAUUUGUCAAAGCAGGAUCAGCAACUGGCAACUUCUAAUCCAUUAGAUCCAUCUUCAUGCUCAACCACUGAAAUAAAAUCUGAGCCAAAUCCGGCUACUCUUCCUCCCUCUAUCUUGCCUCUGAAAAUACCAGAUUUAUCAAGGAUUAAGAUCGAUGAAUCAUUCACUAAAUUAUUGUCCAGCAUUUGUGGUAAAACAGCUGCUGCAAGUUCAGGCACUGCAAAUACAACCACUACUGUUACAACAACUACAACUCCUGUGGCUACUACAACUACAACUGAUGAUAGCAGUGCAACUCCAGUAACGACACCAACUGAACUGUCCGCUCCUCAACCAGCAAGUACAAGUGUUGCACGAGAUCCUCGCUUGUCACGUGAUCCGCGUAGUAGAAGCCAGCCUUCUGGAUCUGUUGCUUCUAGUGCUGCAGGAGUAUUUGCUGCAGCAUUAGAAACAGUUACCACAGCAUCUUCUACGACAUCAUCUACACUCUCGACUUCAGAAUCAUCAAGGAGGACAGAUCCACGCAGAAAUCACGAUCCACGUUCUGCAAAAUCGAGCCAUAAAAGUGAUUCUCAAGAUCAUAAACAUGGUGGCAGUGUUAGUAGCAGGCGUAGCAGUGGUGGUAGCCACUCAGCUCCUUUUCCAAGCAUUUAUAGCAAUGCAAUAAUGAGUGAUAAGACUUCCACACAAAGUAGUGGACUUGGUUUGAAUUUGGGGGGAGCUAAUACUGGGGAUGUUGAUUUAAGAAAUUUGUUGCCGAGAACUCUAGAAACAGGUGAUGUGGACCUUCGUAGUAGAAGUGAUACUGAUUUACGGACGGGACAGCCUCCCACGUCUCUAGUAUUUGGUGACACAGAUCUUCGUGUUAGAUCUCAUGGCCUUAUGAAUGUGGGUCAGGUGGACAACAGCAGAAAUAGCAGUGAUGUAGAUUUACGAAUGUUGGAGCUUCCCUUUAAACCUGUACCGAUGCAUACACCUGCAACGGAAAUUGAAGCUUCUUUGACAUCACAUCCUCCGAUUCCAUACAAAGUGGUUGUUGUUACUAUUCCUAGACCGGAUUAUACAAGUUUGAAGCUUAAUACUUCUGAUCCUCAGGUUCAGAGUGAUCCUCGCUUGAGGAAGAUCUUCAAAUUGCAGUCACCAGGGGCUGAAAAUCCAGGGAGAAGUUCAUUAGGCAGUUCUGCUGCGAGUGUGUCUCGCAAUGAUCCUCGAAGGCAGUCAAGCAGAAGUAGCAGUAGUAGUAGCAGCAGCACAAGCACCACCACCAGCACCAGUGCACACACAAGCGGGCACUCCAGUGCACACUCCAGUGGACACUCAAGUGCACACUCCAGUGCUCAUCCUAAUAUGCAUACCAGUGCUCACUCCAGUCUUCACCCUGGGAUACCCACUGGUACUCUUACUAGUGCUCACCCUGGGUCCCAUACCUCUGGCAUCCAUCCUAGUGCACACAGUAAUACAAACAUUGGAAGUGGUACUGUGCCAGCAAGUUCAGAACAACUUGAAAAAUUGCCGGAGACUUAUUUAGGACCUCAAUCAACAAAUGUGAUCUCUGCGCCAACAAACGAAAUGAUGAAUGUUGGUUCUUUAUUAAUGUCAAAUCCAGGAAUGCGUCCAACUCUUGCUCCGCAGACAUCAAGUCCUCUUUUACCUAAUCCACCUGCAAGGAUUGGUCGUGACCCUCGUUGUGCUCCAGGGCUUUUGGGAGCUGCUCCUUUGCCACCAAAUUAUCGUCCAAACACUCCUAUGUUUGAAGAACAAGUUGAUAUGUCAAGUGGAAUGGAUGGUGAUCCUCGUGUAAUGUUCAGCAGGGGUUCAGUCAAUGGUGCAAGGUGGGAUCAACAAUCGCAACCUCCCCCUCAUAUGCCUAGAAACAAUUGGAGGAACAACCGCAGAAAUCCACAGUCUAGAUAUGUUGAACAGGAUUAUAAUCCAAGGUCAUAUACUCCCCCUACAUAGAAACUUCCUAUAUGUGGGGAAAUAAACCUGUUGUAAUCAGGGCCUACUAGACAACCAUGUAAUUUGAAAUGUGAAGGGGUGUUUGAAAAGUCUAGAGUUUUUAGUCUGUCAUAGGGGUUAUAUUUUAUUUGUUACAAAAGAGAUUUAUUGUGCCACUUGAGAUAUGGACGUAUUACAUGCCAGGUAAAAAUCCAAAAUCUUUCUGAAUUGUAUUUGAGAAAGAGUUGUUAAUUAGAAACAUUAAUGUGUACCAUGGAACUAUUCCGUAUUCCUAAUAAACAUGUAUCACUCACUACCUUUCCACUUGUUCAGAGCAGAUUGCAAAAACUAGAAAUGUUACAUUGAUGGCUGUUAGGUUAUCAGUCAUUUGCACUGCUAAAGCAGAGUUGUUUGGAAAAGUAAUAUGACAUGAUUUACUUUGCUCAAAAAGAGGAUUUCUUCAAAAAUUCAGUGAAUGUUCUCUACUUUAUUAAGGCUUUGUCACUACUAUUAAUUAUGCAUUGUUAUUAAGUAUUGUUUGGGUUGUUAAAUAAAAAAGGUCAUUUGAAAUCAUAUUAAAUAUGGUCGUAUUGAAAAAUUUUUCUUCUUUUUUAACUUUGAUGAAUGCAAAUUGUUGUUUUAUACAUAUAAUUUUGCUUGUAACCUUGCCCUCAGCAUUUUAGUUGUUAUUUAUGUAGGUAGCACUCAUUUCUACUACACUUACAUGUACUUCGCAAAGCAGAGAAGAAUGUUCCAAGAAUUGGGGCUGUGCCUCGAUAAUUUUAAAAAAUGUAUUAUGAAUAUAUUUUAUUUUUGUUGAACAAUUAAUGCAAAAUUGGUUAGAUACAAUUAAGGUCGUUUGGUAAAGUUCAAGAAAUUUACAUUUUAACAUGAUCUUUAUUAUAAUAUUGGAUUUUCUCAGUCACCACUUAAUUGGGGCUGAAUGUGAAGAACUAUAUGAAAAGUUGGGCAUAUGUAUGAAAAUAAAAUUAUUCACCAAUCAUAGUAAUGCAUCAUUCUGGAAGUAUAUUUGUUGUGCAGAUGUAUCUAUAACACACAUCUUUAUUUAAUUUAUUGAAAUGAACAUAUUUCUUUUGUUAAAAAUGUUUUUGUAAUUAUGUUGACAUAGAAUUCUGUAUUUGUUACUUGUUAUUAAUAAUUGUUUCCCUUUUCCAUGCUAUGGAGACACUUUUCAAACACUCCUUACUAGGAAAAUAUGCUGUUGUCUUAAUAAUUUUACAUUGUGAGUAUACUAUAACUCAUUUGGAUGUGUGGAUGCGAGGUAUAUGUAUGAUAACAGAGAUCAGCUAAGAUUAAAGAGUUUGUUUUGCAGUUGAAUUUGUUCCCUGUACCUUUCAUGAUCUUUGUUAGAAAGUCUGAUGUUGGGAUUUGUGCCCCUUGCAUUUUGUAUUGUUGUGUAUGUUAGAUAUUGUUCCCUUGUAUAUAUUGUAUUAACCAUCCCUGGAAACAGGACAGUGUGACACAGUGAAACUAUUUUUGAUUUAUUUAUUUAUGGACAUUCCCUUUGAUAGAGGUAUGCAUUAUUGAACUGGUCCAAUACAGGUAGAUUUGGAAGUGCAAUAUUUUAUAUUUGAGCCUCAUUGAUUCUUAGUAUUACUUUAUCCUUUUAUUUUGCUGUCAUGGAGAAACUUCACAUCAAAGUAUUCACUCAAUACAGUAACCUGAAUAACAAAGAUCAUACACUUCACCAAAAACAUUUUCUAUUACUAAAAUAUUCCUAAAACUGUUCUUGUCCUCUAUUUUAUUUUUGUGGAGAAACAAUAGCUUUUCUGCUAAUAUUAUGUUCUUUAUUUCCAUACACUAUAAAGAAGAAACUGAAAUUUGUGUGCAAAUAAAAGUGUUAUUUGUGUAGUUAUUGCUGGAAUGAUGCAAAGAGUUGUUAUAUCAAAAUUUGAAAGAUAUUGAAGGAAGUGUAUUCCAAACUUGAGGAUGAUUUCAAAACUGCAAAAUAAAGUUUCGCUGUUUAUGUAUGCAUGUGCAUAGUAUGAAAGGUAUGUGAGGUGUCUAUAAGUCAAUUGUUUGACUUAUUUUCACAUCUUGUUAUUUAUAAAAAGUAAUAGACUGAUGACAAGUCUGGAUAAGGAGUAUAAAAGACCCUUAUAAUUAUUUCAAUUUUUGACUUGGAUUAAUGUUUUGUUAUAUACACAUUAAUUUUUGUUUCAUGAAAUGAGUGAUGUACUUGUUAACAACCUUUUGUAUUGUAUAUUUUCACUGUGAAAUCUUUGUUGACUGUUGGUGGGACAUUAUGUUGAUUAUUGUUCCUCGCCAACGUAGCUGAUAUUCUAAAGGGAUAUUAAUUUAUUUUUUUCAUUCCAUUUAUAAUAAUAAUAAUAACAAUAAUAAUUACAAUAAUAAUGUAGUUGUGUAUAUAUAUAUAGCGUUUUUUAUUGAGAUUUGGUGAAUUAUGUUUUUAUGAACAUUACAUUUUCAAUGUCUUUCUAAUACUUUGUGGCCAUUAAGAAAUGUAAUGGAGCAGUAGUGAUUUAUUUACAUGAAAAUUUAAUCCAUUUAUUUAUUUUUUAUACCUUUCUUUCCAAGUAUAAAAGUAAUGUAAAAGAUACUUUUUUAUUUUAAAUUAUGAAAUGGUAUGGGAGUUCAUACCCUUGCUGUAAGUUAAUUGAUAUCUGAAUAAGAAUGCGAGAAGAAUUUGAUGAUAUUUUAUUUAAUAUAUGGUGGUUGUUUCUUUCAGAGUAAAUACAAGGCUUUGGGCCAUUGCUUUUGAUUAUAUCAAGGAAAAAUUUUGUCUUGGAUUGAAUUAAACUUUUUAAAUAAAGUUUAAUUGCUGUGAGCUUUUUAUAUUUGGAAUGUUAUCUGUUUUGCUAAUGUUCAUUAUGUAAUUGAAUAUUGUCAAACUUUUAAGUAGGUUGAAACUGUAAGUUAGCAGAUAUUUUCGUUUCAAUCAACUUUUAUGAUGUAUAAUAUUUCUUUGCAGUUAUCGUUAAUUUUUAUAAAUAAAUAAUUUAUUAUCAAAAUCUUUUUGUUUGGAUGCUUCUUUUAACUUUCUAACAGCUUGGGUGUGAAAACUAUUCUAUGUAAAUAUGAAUUUUUGUUCCUCCAAUUAACAAAGCAUUCUGUAGCUGUGUUCUAAAAAAAAAAAGAGAAAAUAAUGAAUCUUAUAUAUGUUGUCAGAAAGUUAGAGGAGAAUAUAAUUGUUUGGCUUUUCAUGACUGAUAAAAUAAAUUUGUUGAUGUGGAAGUUUGUGAUAGCAUCUUAACUAAAUAAGAAAAAUAUAAAGAGUAGGGGAAUAAAAAUUACUUAUCAGAACCUAGCUACUGAAUUUUUGUGGAGUAACAAAUCCCAUUAUUUUCUUUAUGUGACUGUAUGCCGAGGUGUUACCUGCAAUUGUUCUUUGCAGGAUGAGAGAUGGUCAUAUGUAAAUGUUGAAACGUGUGAUUGUGAAGUAAUUUUAAGAAUGACUGAAUAAUAGACUAGAAUGCAUUCUAAUAAAUGUAUUUGUUCAUUGUC